ACCAUUCCAGGUAUCCUAAUCCAACGAUGUCUUCCAUCUCAGUAGUCAUCCUCGUCCUUGCCAUCUGUGGUGCGGCAAUUGCAGGACCAGCAGUACCAGUGGUCCCAGUCUUGCCCAUCCAGGAUCUCCAACCAAGACCAUACCAGUAUGGAUAUGCCUUCGCUGACGGUCUUGGCAUGAGCCAACACAGAAAUGAAGUUGCUGACGGCACAGGAGCUGUAAAGGGUGCUUACGGAUACCAGGAUCCCCUCGGAGUCUACAGGAAUGUCGAGUACACAGCCGACAAGGACGGGUACAAGGCCGUGAUCCGCAGCAACGAACCUGGAACCUCGAAUCAAGCUGCCGCAGAUGCUGUCUACAUCGUGGAACUCCCACCACCUGCUGCUGUUGCCCAAGGCUUAAGAACAGGAUCACCUUUGCCCACUCUUAGAGUUUGAUAAUAAUCUUUGUCGAC